UUGCUUCCUUCCGCGAUGGCUGCGGCCUCGGCAGUGGUCACGUCGUCGGGUUUAGAAGAUGGGGGAUCUCGGCCCCGCGGGGAAGGAGCAGGAGAGGUAGUCGUCGAGCGGGGACCCGGCGCCGCCUACCACAUGUUUGUGGUGAUGGAGGACUUGGUGGAGAAGCUGAAGUUGCUCCACUACGAGGAGGAGUUCCUCCGGAAGAACAACCUGAAGCCCCCAUCCAGACAUUAUUUUGCACUGCCUACAAACCCUGGUGAACAGUUCUACAUGUUUUGCACUCUGGCUGCUUGGUUGAUUAACAAAGCAGGACAUCCAUUUGAGCAGCCUCAAGAAUACGAUGACCCUAAUGCAACAAUAUCUAACAUAUUAUCUGAACUUCGGUCAUUGGGGAGAACAGCAGAUUUUCCUCCUUCAAAGUUAAAGUCAGGUUACGAAGAGCAUGUAUGCUAUGUUCUUGAUUGUUUAGCCGAAGAAGCAUUAAAAUAUGUUGGUUUCACGUGGAAAAGGCCAGCAUACCCAGUAGAAGAAUUAGAAGAAGAAACUGUUCCAGAAGAUGAUGCAGAAUUGACACUAAAUAAAGUGGAUGAAGAAUCUGUGGAAGAGGAGACGGAUAAUGAAGAAAACUUUAUUGAUCUCAAUGUUUUAAAGGCCCAGACCUAUCGUUUGGACAUGAACGAGUCUGCCAAACAAGAAGCUAUUUUGGAACCCACAACAGAUGCUGCAGAAUGGAGUCUAGACGUGGAACGUGUACUACCACAACUAAAAGUCACAAUUAGGACUGACAAUAAGGAUUGGAGGAUUCAUGUUGAUCAAAUGCAUCAGCAUAAAAGUGGAAUUGAAUCUGCUCUAAAGGAGACUAAGGGUUUUUUGGACAAACUUCACAAUGAAAUUAGUAGGACCCUAGAAAAGACUGGCAGCCGAGAAAAGUACAUCAACAAUCAGCUUGAGCACUUGGUUCAGGAGUAUCGUGCCGCGCAAGCCCAGCUGAGUGAGGCAAAGGAACGAUACCAGCAGGGGAAUGGUGGCGUGACGGAAAGAACCAGACUCCUGUCUGAGGUUACAGAAGAAUUAGAAAAGGUGAAACAAGAAAUGGAAGAAAAGGGCAGCAGCAUGACUGAUGGUGCUCCUUUGGUGAAGAUCAAACAGAGCUUAACAAAAUUGAAGCAAGAAACAGUUCAGAUGGACAUUAGGAUCGGUGUUGUGGAACACACCUUACUGCAGUCGAAGCUGAAGGAGAAGUCCAACAUGACUAGAGACAUGCACGCAACAGUUAUUCCAGAAUCAACAAUCGGUUCUUAUUAAAAUAUACUGUUCUCAUG